GUGCCACGCCUCUUAAUCUAACACGCAGGCGUAGUACAUGAGUGGGAGCUUUUCGUCCUGAAAAGGAUUUCAAAUCUUUCCGUAGCAAGCUCUCAGGAGCUCGAGCCCUUCAGUAAAGCUGUAUAAACACCGGGUCGACGGGACGGACGGCAGCGGCGCGACGUACGGGGAGCUGCGCAGUGACAUCACAAUGAGCUACAAACCGAUCGCCCCCGCUCCGUCCGGCUCCAACCACACCCCACCGGGCUCCAGUGUGCCCUCCCCGUCCCUACCCUCCUCAUCUAACUUCCGGCCGGCCUUCAGUGAUUUUGGACCACCUUCCAUGGGCUUUGUUCAGCCUGUGAAGGUGUCCCAGGGCUCUACAUACAGUGAGCUGCUGUCCGUUAUUGAGGAGAUGAGCCGUGAAAUCCGACCCACCUAUGCUGGGAGUAAGAGCGCCAUGGAGAGGCUAAAGAGAGAAACCAUUGCAUUUCUACUGGGGAAAUUGGCCCACGGCAUAGGGGAUGAUCGGCUGUCAACUGAUCUUUGCCUUACCUUCCCCUAUAGGAUUUGCUGGCUGCAGUUUCCACAUUGACAACAGGAAGAUGUACCCGAUCCAAGACAGUUAAAUUAGUGCAUAACUGGAUACAAAGAAAUGUACCGACAGGAGAAUAUCUUUAUUUUGCUUCUCACAAUACACCAGCAAGAGAGAAAGAAAAUACAUGGAAAAAAAUGAAACCCUGCUGUUGUCCUUACAUAAAACGUAUGAAGACAUUAUACCUAUAGUAGACCUAUAAGACAAAUGAGCUCAUGUUAACAUGUAAAAUAUAUUGGUUUGUCAGUCAUAGGAUGUGUAAAUAUAGGGUGCUACCCGAAACUUAACUGUUCACCUGGAACUUUGGAGUUCAAUCAACUUUCAUUCUCAGUCUUUUUCCCUUGGAUACUAACAUCUGUGAGGCCUGGCUGUUCAUUCCAAUCUCUACUAUAACUUAACUGAUCUAAUCCUCUAGUAUGCAGCUUUCAGCUAUCCAAACCUUUCAGUUUUGUCAAGACAAAGAGGCAUUUGCAUCCAACAUGGAACUGGUUAUUUUGAUGUUCUCUAUGACAGCUAAUCUGUUUGUUUGCAAACCAAGGUCUGUGCCCCUUUAAGAUUAUUAGGUUGGCGAAAAUAAUUUCAGUAUGGUAUUUAGAGCCAUACCAUAUUCAACUUAUACUUCUAGGACAACAUUUUAUUGGUGUGGGAGUUAGGGCUUGUUUCUGGAUCGGGCACAGGGCCAUCUGACUAUGCACACACUGCUUCAAUAUCCCCCUGGUUCAAGUGACAUUCAACACCUACCAGGGCUUUGAUUUCACAAAGUGCAGUCUUUAACCACAAAGCAAGCUGCUGGUGGUGGUGGAAGAGGCCAAAAUAUUGAGCAGAAAUAAUAUGGUAUAUACUAAUAUAGACAAUAUAUCAAACAAACAUGGAUCGGAAAUGAAAUGUCAGUUAUAAUGUCACGAUAAUACGGAUAAAAAUAGAAAUUGAAGUAACAUUAAGAUAACUAGAUACAGCA